AUGAAGGAGCCCAAAAGGGCAAUCUUCCACUGGCGCACCCGAAAGGAUGACUUUGUACCGGAUCUCCAAGGAUUCGAGGGCAAACCCCGUAUGAACAUUGCAAUCCUCAUCACAGGCAGCAGAGGAGAUGUUCAACCAUUCGUGGCUCUAGGAAACGUUCUGCAAAAGGCGCCGUACAACCACCGGGUGAGGAUCUGUACACACCCCAACUUCAAGGACUUUGUCGAGGAGAACGGUCUCGAAUUCUACUCGAUUGGCGGCGACCCGGAGAAACUCAUGUCGUACAUGGUUCGCAACCCUGGUGUCAUCCCAAGUUUCGAGUCCAUGAAAGCUGGUGACGUUGGCGACCGCCGCGAAGAGAUUGCAGAGAUGUUGGAAGGAUGCUGGCGAGCUUGUACCCAAGGAGGCAACGGAAUGGACCCAAUCAGACUUCCGCAGGUCAACAAGAUCAGCACCGAGACCAUCAUGAAGUUGCCAGAUCCUUUUGUGGCCGAUGCCAUCAUCAGUAACCCUCCUGCGUAUGCCAACAUCCAUAUCGCCGAGAAGCUGGCUAUACCUCUGCACAUGAUGUUCACCAUGCCCUGGAGUCCUACUACCGCCUUCGCUCAUCCUCUGGCCAACUUGGACACCAACAAGGGGGACAGAAAACUCGCAAACUAUCUGUCGUACUACAGCAUGGAGUUGCUUACAUCAGAGGGCUUGAUCGAUCUGAUCAACGACUUUAGAGAAAACACACUGGCAUUGGAUCCCCUGCAUGCUGCGUGGGCUCAUCAAUUGCUGCCCCAAUUGAAGGUGCCAUUUACAUACUGCUGGUCGCCUGCACUGAUCCCCAAACCAGAAGAUUGGGGAUCGCAUAUCACCAUCAGUGGCUUCUUCUUCAUGGACCCCAAAAAAGACUUCGAGUUUGAUGCCGAUCUCAAAAAGUUCCUGGAUGCUGGUGACCCGCCGGUAUACAUUGGCUUCGGCUCGAUUGUUGUUGACGAUCCGGAAGCGAUGACCAAGAUGAUUUUGGAUGCUGUCAAGCAGCUCGGGAUCAGGGCUCUCGUGUCCAAGGGAUGGGGUGGUAUUGGAGGCGAAGAUGUCCCCGACAACGUUUUUCUUCUCGGCAACGUCCCUCAUGAUCAGCUAUUCCCUCAUUGUUCGGCUGUAGUCCAUCAUGGUGGUGCCGGAACGAAUGCCAUCGGUAUCUCCCUUGGAUGUCCGACUGUCGUCGUUCCCUUCUUUGGCGACCAACCAUGGUGGGGUGAGAUGAUCCACCGUGCCGGCGCAGGACCAUCGCCCAUUCCCUACAAAGAACUCGACGCCGACAAACUCGCCAACCAGAUCCGAGAAGCCCUCAAGCCCGAAACCAAGGAACGCGCAAAAGAGCUCGCCGCAAAGAUCAAGGAAGAAACCGGCGCAAAGACCGCCGCAAAGUUCUUCCACGAGACCAAGCAGAUGCAAGAUGUAGGCUGCUUCUUGUGCCCCGAUCAAGUAGCCGUAUACCGUUUACGGCGCACCAACAUCAGACUCAGCGCUUUGGCAACAGCAAUCCUGAUUGAUCACGGCAAACUGCAUCCCCAACACCUCAAACUCAUCAGAAGAAAACGCUGGUACGUAGAAAAAGGCGCCCAGGAACCUCUGAUCGGCAUCUACGGCGCCAUCGAAACAACAGGCGUGGGCUACAAAAACUGCGUCAGCAGACUGGCCAAAGACUUGCACUCCAACAAAGCCUCCAACGCGCCCGCCAAAAUCCUCGUUGGCGAUGCAGAAGCCGCUGGAGAAGUCCCCGGUGCUUUGAAAGCACUCGGCAAAUUCAGCGGCGCAGUAGGGAUGAAUACGUUGAGGUUACCCGUGGAUUUGCUCUACAAUCUCGCCAACGGCUUCCACAAUGCUCCCUUCCAUUUCUUUUCAGACGAUACUGUGCGCGUGCGAGGAGAAAUCAAUGGAGUCAUGUCGGGCACAAAAGUGGGCUUUCAAGAACUGGUGUUUGGGUUCUACGAUGCCUUGACAGGCGUAGUCACCCAACCCAUCCGCGGCUACAAAAAACACAGCAGCGAAGGUGUAGGCCCGGCAACCUGGGGUGCGACAAAGGGCUGCGGAAAAGGUCUCGUGGGCUUGGUGUCCAAAUCCUCAGCUGCAGCUUUGGGAGUGCCUGGUUAUGGCUUCAAAGGCCUCGAACGCUCCAUCCGCACGGGUUGGAAAACACGAGAUAUCCCCAAUGAAAACAGUUUGGUGCUGUUGGAUGCACUGCAAGGACGUCACAGCGAUGAGAGACAGCUUGGUAAUGCGGCGCUGUCGAUGGUGAGUGAGGCUCAAGGCAACAGUAUCAGACACCAAAUCAGAGGGAGAAGGGGUUGGCAGUGUUAUAUGGAUUUGCAGCAUUUGCGACAGAAUCCUGACAAAGCUGCUGCGAAGGAAGAAGAGGUGUUGCAGGGGUGGGAGAGGUUGAAGGUGCCCAAGGAGUUUACGAGGAUUGAGAAUUAG